AGAAGGUAGAGUAACGAGUUGACUUAUUUUUGGUGCAGUUUUGCUGCUUUUAAUAAAAAGCAUCCAUGUGGAGUACAUGUGGUUUUCUGGGGUGCACAUGAGCCAACACUGGAGCUUGGGUCGGGCAAGACUUCAGCCUAUUGAACACCUCAUCACUCGUAGGUGUCUCUGUAACGGCCCAUUAAUGGGGUUUUCCCAUGAAGCAAAGUUGGAAAAAACAGUUGUGUAUCACAUACAUAUAUGUAAAAGAGGACAGAUGUGCUGGUCGCUACUUUUUCUGACAGAUCUUGUGAUAAGUGUCUUAAUAUCCAGAAUGGGGUGCUGAAGAGAUCACAUUUUUGGGGAGUCUAGAAUGUGUAAUAAACUAAGGAUACAAAAGGAGAGAGGGAGACCAGGGUACAAGUAGAUAUGCGGCAGCAAUACUCAGAAAGUACAAAACAGUGCAGGAAGUCAGUACUUUGCCAAAUGUACCACAGUGACUUCCUAUCUACAUCUGUCUAUCCUCCCACCUCCUUGCCGUGAGCUCACUAUUGGGGACUAGCACUGAGAUAACCUGCAGAGCCCGACACUCCACGAGAGAGAAAAACUAACUUAGUCUGAACUAGAUAAGACAGUAACCAAAGAAGAAGGGAAACUAUUAGAAGACUACAAGAAAGGCGUCCUGAGGAACAUACAAGUCUGGGCUACUCUCUUCUCUUGAGGGCAUCCUACAUUGAAUUUAUUCUUAUCUCCACACCCGCCAACUGGAGUUCACCUCCUGCUACUGCAGCACAUCUCACCAUGGGGACUCGCCCGAUUCUACUUGUACUUUGUACCAUCAUACUGGUUAACCAAGCUCUGCCUUCCAAAGUCACUAUAGACAUGCCGACGAAGAUAGAAGAAGGAAAAGAAUAUACAAUUAAUUGUACGGUCUAUGAAGUUGCUCCUUUGGAGUAUCUUACCAUAUACAUCACAAGAGGAGGUGAUAUCAUCAACAACAAAUCCUAUGAAGGACCCGACGUGAAGGACAGACAGACUGUGAGCCACUUAUAUACAUUCACCGCUAGACGCAGAGACAACCUUAUGAACUUCUCCUGUGAGGCCGUCCUACAACUUGGAUCAGAACGCCACAUGGCCAAGUCCUCGGAGAUAACUGUGCAGACCUACACGCUGCCGGAAGCUCCUGUUAUAUCGGUGCAGGAAUGGAUAGAGAAUGGGACCAUAUUUAUAAUGGAGUGUCUGGUCUCCAAUGGAUUUCCCCCACAAGAUGUCAGACUGAACAUAUCCAUAGAUGACGCCCCAUUAGAUGUUAUUCCUGUUGUGACAGAGGAAGGAACCGUAAAGGGGAGGGUCCGUCCAACUGCUUCUUACUCACUUCUGGGAUUGAAAACCAUCCGCUGUGAAUCUUACCUAUUUAAUUUAUCCAAUGAGACUACGGUGAAUGUAUAUAUCUAUGAGCCUCCUGCCGUGAGUUUUUCUCUAUCCAGAAAUGUCACAGACCUGGGUGAGAAUGUGACGGCUACUUGUCAUAUAACUAACAAACGACCCGAGCCUUAUGGUCUGUCUAUUAGUGUGGAUGGUAAAGAAGAGCGGAGGGAGGAGACCUCUAUGCUGACCCACACAUUCACAGCAAGCAGGAGAACUCUGAGCCUUGUCGUCACCUGCACAGCUUAUAUUAUUGAGAAUUUGGGCAUAUCCCGAUCUUUAUUUCAGACCCUACAAAUACAAUAUCCCCCAGAGUUCCCUGAAAGUUCUUGCCCCUUGAUUUUACCUUUGGUAGAAGGACAGACAUUUUCAUGUCAGGCUGACGGAAACCCAAAGCCGAUAGUAGAAUGCGGAGCCGAUGGACGUUAUAUAAAGGACAGAGAUAUAAUAACAAGAGACAUGUCCGGGAUUUAUACAUGUCAGGCAACAAACCAGAGAGGAAACGUAUCGAAGGAGAUCAAUGUAACCGUGCAAUAUAAACCAAUGAUCCCAGUCCUGACUGUUUCUACCAAUGCAAAAAUUACAAUAGGAGAUCCACUAAAUAUAACGUGUAAGUCGGAGGGGUUACCGGAUCCCACAUACAGUUGGCAGAUCCCCAAUAAUGCCAAGGUCACAUACUCCGCAGAUAAAAGCUCAGUCAUUAUCCGCACAGCAGCUCAGACCCACAGUGGAACCUACAUAUGUGUGGCCAGGAACCAGCAUGGAGAAUCAAGUACAAAGCGGGAGGUGACGGUUGUGUCUGAAAUGAAUAUUGGACUGAUCAUUGGCGUAGUGAUCUGCGUAGUGCUCACUGUAGCCAUUGUAGUCGCAUUCUGGUGUAUCUUGUGGAAAAAAGAGAGAACGGAAUCUUAUGAAGUGACAAAUCUGACCCAGAGCCAAAUACCCCAAAAUAGUGGCCCCACACCGGAGAGCCCAGCGAAUGACGCAUCUAAUGUUUAAUAUUGAGGCUGUAAGACUGAAAUUCCUAUUGGAACAUCAUAACCCGGGCAGUGAGCCCCAACCAUGUAAAUAUGGACUCUUCUCUGAGCCGCCAUGUUGUGGCCUCUGGAGCCAAUGAGGACAAUGUCUGCCCGUCACCAUGGAAACCCCAAUCAUUGUACUUUGUCCUGGACACAGAGGGGAAUUCUGACGAAUAGGAAAAGGAGGUGUUGUCUAUGACGGCCAAUCAGAUUCCAGCAAAUAUUAUUUGUUUAGAAAAAAAAAAUAUACAAGUGUUUCCUACAGCAACCAAUCAGAUUUAGGCUGAAAGUGUAAAAUAGAAUGUUAGAAACUGCUGAGACAACACAACUGUUUACAGCAGUGUUUCCCAACCAGGGUGCC